AUGGAAGAAGAAAAGAUGGAAUGGAGAGAAAGGAUGACAGAAAUGCAGAUUGAACAUGAGAAAACGAUGAUGCAAAUGCAAGCUGCAAUCCCUUCAAAAUCCCAAAACAAUGGCGAAGAAGAAGCCCACGCAAUGGUGAAGAAGAAGCCCACGCGAUUAGUGAACGAGCCAAAGAAACUGCCAGAUCAUGAGGAAGAGAAUAGAGAUUCAGAGCAACAACCCAAAACUGCCCUGGAUAAAUCUGUGGAGAAGUCUCAGUUGCGUAUGUUGAAAUCCCAGAACGAGCGCCUUUUGAAGGAGAAAGUAGAGAUUGAAAAAGAAAAGAAAGAUUUAGAAAUGGAGAUUGAAAGGUUAGAGAAGGAAGUGGCUGAGCUGAGUGAGAGUUCUUUCCAUCUCAAACAGGAGAAGGAAGAGAAUAGGAAGAUAAUCUCUGAGUUUGUGAAGAAAAUUGAUGGUUUAUUAAUGCAGAUUGAUGGUUUAGUGGAAGAGCCAGUGAAGGAGGAGAAAGAUGUAGAGAUACUAACUCAACAGAGAGACUCACUUGACGUGAAUCUGAAUCGAGUCCAACAGGAGGCAGUGAGUUUACGACGCACAAUUGAGAUAAUCACUCAUGAUAAAACUGAAAUGGAGGAGGCAAAAGUGGAAGUAGAAAAUGUCGUUGUUGACUUGCGAAGGGAAUUGAGUAAACUGAAAGAAGCUAUGACGUCUUUGACUAAGUCGAGCGUGGUUGAGAACGGGAGAAAUGAGGAGUUACUGUCUCAAAUGUACUGUUUUCGAGAAGCCCCAAAUAAAGUUUCGUCAGAAAAAGACAAAUUUGUUGCUCGAGAACAAGGAGAGGAAAUUGAAGAAACCACGACUGAGCUCGAGAAAAUGAAAACGGCGCAAGUGGAGUCGUUGGAUAGAGCAUUUAAGUUUAUGGGGAGUUUUUUUUAA